AUGGAGGCUAGCGAAGGCCUGCGUGCGUGGCUCGCCUCGCUGGGCCUGCAGGCCUACCUGCGUCGCCUGGUGGACAACGGCUACGACGACCUGGACAUGGCCAGCCGCCUGGGGCCCGUCGACCUCGACGCUGUCGGCGUGGCCGACCCGGCCCACCGACGGGCCCUGCUGGACGCGGCGGCCGCUCUGCUUGCCGUCCAGUCGCCCUCACGAUCAUCCUCCGCCUCCUCCUGUCGUUCUUCCUCGGCAACGGGAAACUCCGGUGCGGCGGCGGCGGCGGUGGCGGCAUCGUCGGGACUCUACUUUACCCUAGAGCCUCACGACAUCAGCUUGGAGGAGGUGGGAAAGGCCUCAAACAGCGGCGAUAGUUCUGCUGGUGGCGGUGGUUGUGGCGGCGGUGGCGGUGGCGAAGGGGCCAGGAUCUCGAGGCUGAAGCUCAAGGCCAGGCUCUUGGAGCUGCUGGAGAGCGAGGGGCUGAGGCUCAGUCAGCCCAGGUUCCACGGGGAGGCCGGAAGCCUGCAGCUACAGCUGCUGGCACAGGCCUACUCCUCGCUGCUGGGCACAGCGUCCGUGCCUCACGUCCUGGAGUCCCUCAUCGACAUCCACAUGCGCCACGUGCAGGAGGAAGAGGAUUGCAAAGCCACGGACCUUAUCACGGACAGGCUGCAGACACAGUCGGCGCACCAGUCUCCGGAGCGGGUGGCCGUGCACAGGAAGUUGUCUACGCCGGACACGCCAAAACGGGCACCGCACUUGGAUCUGCCGCGCACGAGCUCUUUUCACAAGCCCAGAUCGGAUGAGGGUAAGGCAAUCCGUCUAGCACCUUCGCUGGCGAUACAGCGCCAGCCUGGCCUGGUUCUCUAG